UUUGUCCCAUCGCCGCCGCCUCUCCACCAAAUCCCUCUCGGGAUCCAUCCCCUCCUCGAUUUCACACCAGCCAACCAAAACCAAUCCCUCCCGAUCCACCCAUUCCACCAGCGACCAGAGGAGCCCGAGCCAUCCUGCAGCUGCCUCCUCCAAUCAUGGCGCCGCCAGCCAGGGAAGUCCACCACCAGAGCACCAGGAGCCCUCCAGCCCCUGCUCCCGCGCGCCUCCGUUCAGCGACUGCCGACGAGCAGAUGAGUCACCGCCCAUCUCCUUUUCUUCCCCUGUUUUCCUAUCUUUCCUCCUCUAAUCUCUCCCCCCUCGUUUGAUUUCUUCUAUGUCAGGAUAUGAAAGGGGCUCGCCCCUGAUGCCGUGGCCGCCGACGACCGAAGCUGCCGUGUGCCCUCUCCUUCCGGGCCCUGCCCUCCCUGUCGGGGUUGACCUCCAGCGUCGCCAAGUCCCUCGCCUCACCUCCCUUCAUUCCCAGCUACCCGGCGCCCCUGCGUCCCUGACGAAGCACGCACCUAGUCCUCGCAAGCCGCCGCCCGGAGCAGGCCACCUCAGCUCCUCCUCAACCCCGCCAUCUUCAGCCUCCGCGUCAAGUCCGCCGCUUGCUGUCGUCGUCCCGGUGAACCACGUCGAACCGCCGCGUCCCGUGCCUGCCGGCGCCCCGCCUUCUCCUCUCCGGCGCCUGAAGCUUGUUUCGCCGUUCGCUGCUUGCUCUGUUUCGAGCAUAGGAGAACGCCAGUGCUUCGCCUCGGCCCUCCUCGACCUCCUUCGCAUCGGAUCCGUCGGGUUCCGACCCUCCCCGUCGUUGCCGGACUUCCCAUCUCGCCGGAGCCCCAAGUCCUCACGCCCAAGCCCCUCGCCGGCCUUCCCUGCUUCCGCAUGCGAGAACAACGGAGCCGCGCCCGCGUUGGCCUCUCGUCACGUGACCCAGAUCCGCCAACCAGCCUCCUGGACCGCAAAGCCAGCGCCAGGCCUCCCUCCUCCACCGAACGGGCCAAGGCCCAUGGUUGGUUCCGAUAACGUCGCGUUUGUGAGGACCCGUUCGACUACGUCCGUUUAUCUUCUUCAUGGACUCGUUCUUCUUCCUUGCGGGAUUUCAGUUUGCAGGUGUCGAUGUUACCGAGCAGGUGACGCAACCAAGCUCAAGGAGGAGCUCGAUGAAGUUCGUGUUCAUUGGGUUGUUCCGUUUUCCAGUUGGUCAGUAGUGGAGCCCAGUCGGGACGAUCGGGGAUUUGUGUAGCAUUUGGGGUAGUCUUCUUUUAUUUUGGUUCUGUAGUCGGACCUUGAUUGUAUCUGGUUGAUGUAAUGCUUUAUUCAUGUAAUUGUGUGAAGUGGCGAUUGUAAGCCAACUAUGUAUCUCUUUCCCUUAUGUAUUACAUGGGUUGUGUGAAGAUUACCUCACUUGCGACAUUGCUUUCAAUGCGGUUAUGCCUCUAAGUCGUGCUUCGACACAUGGGAGAUAUAGCCGCAUCGAGGGCCUUACAAGUUUGUAUCAGA